GUUCUGGCACAGGGGACACCAACCCUAACGCAUUUCCAAAGGGGAAUGGAAACGAGUUGAAGGCUUCACACUUGUUGGCAGGGCAAGAUUGAUUGUUCGAGAAUUACGGGCUGAUUCGUGCUUGGAUCGACCCGACUGCGGAGAAUUCGAGGGGUUUAAGGGCCCUCUGUCACCAAUUGCGAUUAUUGCCUACUCGAUGGAGGAUCUUCGGUUAGGUGAAGUUUGUGGAUUGGAAAUCUGAGGAAUGGGUUAGGAGAUUUUUAGAUUGUUUACUCGGACUGAAUUGGUACAGGUGAAAAUCGUUCGAAAUGCCAGGUCUCCAGGCCCGAGCUGGUCUGUUUACAUUUCUCAGAUACGCAGGUCCAGGUUGGCAGACCUUGGGCUCGUUCUCGCAGAGUAUUCACAGAGCGGCUUACAGGGAUAUUCCGGAGGGAGAAGAAGAGUUCUGGAUAGUGGAGGGUGAAAUGCGUCCGAUCAGGGGAAUCCAAGAUAGAAGUCUUUUGAAGGUUAUAGAGAAAGGUAGCCCUCCAAGUGUUAAUGCCAACUUGACUAAGAAACAGGUUGCAGCAGUUCGACUUAAGCGAGUUUUAGCUUCUCGUCUCACUCAAUCAGAGAAAGGGCAAGAGACGUACUGGUCCACGUAUUUCGAAAGGUACCAAGAUAUGAGAAAUCAGGCAGAGAAGCUAUAUUGGGAUGGACCACCAAAAUCCGAGGCUGCAUCUGAGGUCGUUGACAGAAACGAUCCGUUCACCAUACUGGGGCUGAAGAGGAGGGAUAAACCAUAUUCUCCUGUGGAAAUCAGGUCUGCCUAUCGAACGAUGGCUUUGAAGUAUCAUCCCGAUCACAAUCCUGGAAAAGAUGCGGCUGCCAAAUUCGAGCGCGUCUGGAAUGCUUACAAAAUGCUCCAACAUAAGAGGAGUUGGCGCUAAGUUCUUGAGAUUAUUCUGUUCCAUUGUAAGUCCGACAAAAUCCGGUUUUUUCGACGGUAGCCACUCCGGGCGUUCUGCCUGUUUAAUCCUCGUUUGGUUCAGCAGGUAAGAUUCGCAUUCCAGCAGUCGAGCCAAACCGAGGGCAGUUAGAAAUUGUACAUAAACCAUUACAUUGCUCUGUCUAUAAACUCCUUUUGUGCAUCAAAUACUGGCACCCUUGCACGUUCUCGAAAAUUGCAAUACGAAGGCAAUUCCAAAAAAAAUUCAUAUACGAUGAUCAUUAUGAUUAUUUGUAUGAGUCAUUUCACAGUCAGCAGGUAUGU